AUGAGCAACGCAUUCAAGUCAGCUGGAAAUACACUUGCCAAAGGAAAUGAUUUGGGAUAGACAGGUCAAAGUUUUGCAGGAUCAUAAAACCCUGCAUCCUUGAAGGGGAAAUUAAUGAGCUUGGAAGAAACAAUCAAAGGCAUCUAGGAUGAGAUGAAUUUCCACAAAAAAGAAGUCUAAAUAUUGAAAUCAGAGAAGGAUACACUCGAAUCAGUUUUGAGCAUGAAAACUUAGGAUGUUAAGAAAACAUUAACUAAUGAACUCAUGAGAAUCGAAGAAGAAAUGAAGAGACAUUUUGCUCAUCAGAAAGCAGAGAAUUCUAGAUUAUAAUAGUAAAUUACUGCUCUUAAAGGAGAGAAAACUGCCUUACAAUAACAACUACUUGGAUUAUAAAGAAGAAUUGCUGAACUUGAGCUCUAGGUUGGAUAAGAAUAGGCAUGAUAUAUCAUCAAUUAUAGAAAUCAUUAUCAUUAUAAAUAAUACAUGCGACAUUCAAAUUGUCAUUUUGAAAUAACAUCAUC